AUGUUGACCGACGGACAGUUUGGCUCCCUUGCGUUGGCAGCUGUGCUGCAGAUGGUGGCUGCUGAGAUGGCUGCUGCUGAGAUGAUGGCUGCUGGGAUGGUUGCUGAUGAAGUGGUGGCUGCUGAUAUGGUGGCUGCUCAGAUGGUGGCUGCUGGCACGGUUGCUGCUGAAGUGGUGGCUGCUGAUAUGGUGGCUGCUGAGUUGGUGGAUGCUGAGAUGGUGGCUGCUGAGAUGGUGGCUGCCGAGAUGGUGUCUGCUGGUCUCCCCUGCGACCACUCCUCCUUUGCCGCCGCACUUCCAUCCUUGCCAUUCUGGCUCGUUUUGCCGCACCCGUCCGGCUCCGUAACCCAUCCCCGCCCUCUGGCUCCCUUGCACGCUGGUCGGCUCCCCGUCUGCCACGGGAAGAUGAUACAGGCGUACCAAACUGAGUUUGAGCGUUUUAAUUAG